GUUCGAAAACUCCCGGCAGGGGCGUUACGCGAAGGUGACCCUCAAACCCCGAACUUCUGCGAAGAUGUGAGAUUGCUCUCGUUAUGUUUCCCAUGUUACACCCCAUUGUGCUAGGUAGAGAAAACACCGUACAUUGACGUGGCCACGGGGUUUCCGCCUAUCACAUUGGUACCUAUGGCUACAACCCUUCGUCUAACGGCUCACGAUCAGAAUCCCCGAUGAGGAGACGUCUUAUUUCGACACAGUGAUCAAGGUUGAUCGCGAUAAGUGAAGCGAAGCGAGGUGGAAGUCUCAUGUUGUUCCUUGAAGACUAAUCAGUGCGUGGGGAUUCAGAGUCUGACCGCUGAGCCAAGAGGAGAGAAGACGUCCGUGUAUCACGCGAUUGCGGUGAUUGUGGAGUGCGGACACGCUAGAAGAGCGGGGGAAGACGGUGACGCGCAGGCGUCGGUACUGCAGGCAUUGCGGUGGGAACUGCCGAGUGUCCACAGCAGUGGCGGAUAAGUAUGCCUCUUGUGAAUAACAUGGCUGCCACACGGUUUCGCGUUGCAUUCGCCGCCACUCAGGAUGAAGACCCUGAAAUAUCGUUGAAAAACGGCAUUGCCACCCACCCGGCUAUUGGGAACGGAAAACUAAACGGUUAUGCAAGUCUCGCGAGCGAUCUUCACGUUCGGAAACGAAGAGUUGUUGACACACCAACAAGCUACAAGUCGAAAGAAUCGUUCGAAAAAAUAUCUUUCAUAACAUCGGCUCUUACCCACCUUGGAUUUUACUUCUUAAUGUUCUUAGGCUUUGUUAAUCAAUUACUGUUCACGCCGAAAGUGGCUCAAGAACAAAACAGAAAGGGUUACGCUCCACUCUAUGAUCAAUUUGAGGUAUUCUACCUACGAUAUGUUUACCGGAGAAUUCGCGACUGUUGGAAUCGACCAAUUUCCUCCGUACCCGGUGCAGAAGUUACGCUAAAAGACCGAGUUACUCACGAUUAUGGCUGGUCCUUCAAAUUCACAGGAACGGAAACUCGGUGUAUAAAUUUAGGCUCUUACAACUACCUCGGAUUUGCAGAAUCAUCUGGGAAAUGUGCAGAGCAAAGCAUCCAGACGCUCAAGAAGUAUGGCUGUGCCAGCUGUAGCACGCGCCUGGAACUAGGUAACAUGCCAAUUCACAAUGAACUGGAGAAAUUAACUGCCAAAUUUCUCGGGGUUGAAGAUGCAAUUGUAUUUGGAAUGGGAUUCGCGACAAACUCUCUUAACUUACCAUCCCUCAUUACCAAGGGGUGCCUAGUUCUCAGCGACGAAAAAAACCACGCCUCUCUUAUCCUCGGACUUCGAUUAUCAGGUGCCGUUACUAAGGUCUUCAAACACAAUAAUACAAAUCAUCUCGAAAGGUGUUUGCGGGAAGCAAUUGUACACGGGCAACCCGGUAGCGGCAAGCCAUGGAAAAAGAUAUUCAUUAUCGUCGAGGGUAUUUAUUCCAUGGAAGGCUCCAUCGUUCACCUUCCUGACAUUUUGAAACUGAAGAAAAAAUACAAGGCCUAUCUUUACCUCGAUGAGGCGCACAGCACUGGCGCUAUGGGGACCCAUGGUAGAGGGGUUUGCGACUAUUAUGGAAUCGAUUCUCGACAGGUCGACAUACUUAUGGGAACUUUCACGAAAAGUUUUGGUUCUGCUGGCGGGUACAUAGCUGGCACUAAGGAACUUAUUGAUCAUUUACGAGUACACAGUCAUGGACAUACCUACGCCUCGUCCAUGUCACCACCAGUGGCACAGCAAAUUAUCACUUCAAUGCGUAUCAUAGCUGGAGAGGACGGCACAGACGCGGGACGCAAUCGCACGAAACAGCUUGCCAGAAACACAAGAUAUUUCAGACGCAGGCUCAAUCAGAUCGGCGUGAUUAUUUACGGUAACAUGGAUUCGCCAGUAGUGCCUAUGAUGGUUUAUCUCUACUCAAAAAUCGGAACCGUGGUGCGAACGCUGACAGGGCACGGAAUCGCAACGGUUGGCGUCGGUUUUCCAGCCACUCCGCUUAUGGCGGGCAGAAUACGUUUCUGCCUAUCAGCGGCGCAUACAAAGGAACAGUUAGACUACGUUUUAAAAAAAAUUGAAGACAUUGCUGACACGCUGGGCCUCAGAUAUUCGAGGAAACCACGCGAUCCAAAUCCGAUAGAAUAUUACUCAGACAGCGAAACCGAAUGACCUGCCUCGUAGUCUCAGCUGGUUUAGAACGUUCAAUACUAGGGUAAAGCUUUUCUUGUGAUAGCUAACGGGGUGGAUGUCACCUUAUUCACUUAGACCCUAGUACCUCAGGUCACUAACGGCAGAAGUCGGAUUCACAGUAACAGUUGAAGAAAAGUUACCCUCCUAAUUAUUUAUCUAUAUACAUACAAGAACCGGCUAACACGUAGAGCGAGAACAAAAAUAAAACUCUAGCACAUACACGAAAAAGCAUAUAGCGGAAGUAAUAGAUCGGAAACGUUGAAAGUACACGGGAUUAUUUUACCUUUCCUUGUAAGCCUGAAUCUGGGGGAAUAUAUUAACUAGUCAGAAGAAUUUAUCAAAGCUAAUCAAACCGUCGAUGUAUCAAGUUGACUGCGACGUAAACGAAGCUUAUUUUAGGCUAAUCAUAAUGUGCUGGCACAAGCGAUUGAUUUCUCAAAAUCAAAGGUAGCAACUGUAAAAGUAAACGGAUGUAAACUCAAAGUGGACGGAGUAUCUUAUAUCACCUGUUUUAAAUAUAAAACCUUUAAUGUUACAUGACACAUAUCAUAGUAUCUGUCAAUUGAAGGUGCAGUUUAUAAUUUCUAAAUUUGACUUACGGUGCGAAACGAUUCAUAGAAUCAGUUUUCAUCAAAGAAAUAAUAUUACCUACUCUUUAUCGGGUAUUUAAACGGCACAAAUGCCGAACGCUUUGUCCACUGAAUAAUUACCUGUAUGUACAUCGGACUUUAUAGGCAAAGAGAAAUUCAAUAUUGAUGUAUGGAAUUUUUUAGUGAACAUCAAUGUCGCCAAAGCUUUUAAUUAUACAGUUAAUGUUGCCUUAUAGACCAGCGCGCCUAGCGCGAUGUGGUGCGACUUAUUAUCGUAGAAUAUAGUGGUAGGUGUAAAUUCUUAUCUCCCUAUUUUUUCACGCGAUUUUUUCUCGAGGAUAUUAUUAAUGAUCCCUAGAUGAUCUGGGCGGACUACGAAGAACCAACGAACUCCAGACACGCAAUGCUGUAUAAUCAUUCAACGCAAAGUAUAAUGUACUCACUUUCCGACCCCUAAGGUUAUUGAUAAUCACGAUUAUAGAUAGCUAUAUAAUCCAUUACCGACUUAAGGCAUAGUUUCUACAAUGUUUUACAGAAUUAAGAAGUACCUCGUCAAAGAAAUCUGUUUCAGAAAAAUUCUUAUUUAAAUGGUCUCACAAAGUUAAUACAUCCUUCAGUCGUUCAAAUUGCUUUACAAUUAGUGGGACACUGUUUUGUUGUCUGAUUAACGUUAGACUUUAGUUGUUAUGAAUGUGUUAGUACAAAGAUUUAUGAUCAUGCACGAAUCCAUGUAUAAUCAUGGUCUUUCGAACGUUGUUUAUAUAUUUCAAAUUUCGAAAUUAAUAGAAUGUAUAAUUUGUAUUAUAGCUGAAAUACGCUUCUUCGCUUCUUUUCCAAUCAGACAAAAUAUAAAAUCCGGUACUGCUUAAUUGAUUCAUGUGGAAAGAAAGUAGCAUGGUUGAUCAAACCAUUCAUUGUGAUCUGCUAAAUUUCAUAAAUUGCGUAUUAAAAGUAGUGUUAUAAAUAAAGGCCCGCUGUUUCAAUUUACAUGAACAGAAAUCCAAUUGAUCGAUUUGUGUAUAAUAAGAUAAUGUGUAAUAUUUUAUUUUCAAGUACAAUAUUUCUGUUGUAGUUAUCAUGACUGGCUCAGUUCAAAUCACAAAAACGUUCAAUUUAUGUACCUACAUUCGUAUUAUUAAUACUUAAUAACAUUUGUAAUUAUAUGCUUACAAGAAUGAAUAGAUUAACCCUUGUAACUUCGGCUGGUAGGAAACGGGCAAUUUGUUGUGCCAUAAGUAUAUAUCGCCAUAUUUGGUGAAGUGUUAUAUCGCAACUCUGGUGUGUUGGGUGAACAAAGAAUACUAUACAUAAAUAUAUACAUUAUUAUAUCCAAUUUCUGAGCUUUCAAAAUCGAAUCAAGGCAAAAGUCAGGUACGAGAUUUUCAAAAGUUUUAGCAAAUCAAAUGGUCAAUUUGGUCAAAAUUAUGGAUGCAGGAUGUGAACUAUUUCGGAUUUAUCAUCUGUCUAUAAAAAUUUUAUUAUCAAUAAUACGUACUGAAUUUUAAAACGUAGCAUAAAAUAUCGUUCAUUAAAGAAAUAAAUUGAAAAUAAAAUAAUUAUUAUAUAUAACAGAGGGAACCUUAAACAAUCUUUACCGUGAGAAAAUACAAAAGACAAAAGAAAA